GUGUCGCUCGCGUAAAGAUUUAUUUCAUUUUUUCCAUCAACUUGCACAAACCGGAACUUGCUGAAAAUUGGGCAAGUCAGUUGUACAUUGUGCUCGUGGUGCAAAAACAAUCUAAAACACAAUUCGCCGUGCGCGCUAAAGCAAUUCAAAGAAUAUAAUUAAAGCAUAGUCUGCUUGUUACUCGCCCAAUAAUUUAUAAACAACAAUAAUAACAGAAGCACAGCAGAGAAGAAGAAGAGAAGAAGCAAAAAAAAAGUGACGGCUUCUGUGUAUGCGUGUGCGUGUUUAUGUGUGUGUGCGUUGGUGUGCAUAGCCUGCAUAGCAGUGUGUGCGUAUGCGUGAGUGUGUGUGUGUUUGUGUGAAGUAGCAGCAGAAACAACAACAGCAGCCGCAGCAGCAGGCAGAAUAACAAAAAAUAGCAAAUCAAAAUGGCGCACCAACAGCAGCAGCAACAACAACAACUGGCACAAUCGGUGAAUUGUUCAUUGGAUGAUAUCGAUUUGACGGCACUAAAGGAUCCGGCUGGCAUCUUUGAGCUCAUCGAGGUCGUUGGCAAUGGCACCUACGGCCAGGUCUACAAGGGCCGUCAUACAAAAACUGGUCAGUUGGCUGCCAUAAAGGUGAUGGAUGUCACCGAGGAUGAGGAGGAGGAGAUUAAGCUUGAGAUCAAUGUGCUUAAGAAAUACUCAAAUCAUCGCAACAUUGCCACCUAUUAUGGGGCGUUUAUUAAAAAAUCGCCACCGGGUAAAGAUGAUCAGCUGUGGCUGGUUAUGGAAUACUGCGGCGCUGGCUCCGUUACCGAUCUGGUCAAGUCCACAAAAGGCCAAAGCCUCAAAGAGGAAUGGAUCGCAUACAUUUGCCGCGAAAUAUUACGCGGCCUCAGCUAUUUGCACUCGAACAAAGUAAUUCAUCGCGACAUCAAAGGCCAAAAUGUGCUGCUCACAGAUAAUGCCGAGGUUAAACUUGUGGACUUUGGUGUCUCUGCGCAGCUGGAUCGCACGAUAGGCAGACGCAACACAUUCAUCGGUACUCCCUAUUGGAUGGCACCCGAGGUCAUUGCCUGCGACGAGAAUCCCGAAGCGACAUACGACAAUCGCUCGGAUCUGUGGUCCCUGGGCAUCACGGCAUUGGAAAUGGCUGAGUCACAGCCGCCGCUCUGCGAUUUGCAUCCGAUGCGUGCUCUCUUCUUAAUUCCACGCAACUCGCCGCCGCGUCUCAAAUCCAAAAAAUGGUCCAAGAAGUUUCACGGCUUCAUUGACACGGUGCUAGUGAAGGACUAUCACCAGAGGCCUUACACCGAGAAUCUGCUGAAGCAUGCCUUCAUUAAGGAUCAGCCGACGGAUCGACAGGUGCGCAUCCAGCUAAAGGAUCACAUCGAUCGCUGCAAGAAGCGCAAGCAGGAGAAGGAGCGCGAAGAUUAUCGCUACUCGGGCUCCGACAACGAUGACGACGAGCCGCAGCUGGCCGGUGAGCCCAGCUCGAUCAUACAAGCGCCUGGUGGCGACACGUUGCGACGCAACUUUCAGCAAAUCCAGGAAGGUCGCCUCGCCGCCGAACAGCAGCAGCAGCAUCAUCAGUUGCUUGCCCAGGCUCAGGCGCAGGCCACUGCAGCUCAUGCUGCUGCCCAGGCGCAGCUACAUCAACAGCAGCAGCAGGCGGCAGCAGCAGCAGCAGCAGCGGCGCAUGCAGCGCAACAGGCGCAGGUGGCACAGCAACAGCAGCAGCAACAACAACAACAACAGCAGCAGCAGCAGGCACAGGCUCAACAGCCGCAGGCGAAUCGUCAGCAGAAACCGCCAUCGCGCCAGCAGGUUGAGGAAACGGGUCCGCCGGCACGCCCACAAUUGCCGCAGCGUCUGAUUGUGGUGCCAGAUCCACCGCAUGCCAAUCGGCCAUUGCCACCGACACCGAAGUGCGGCGAGCCAACGGCUCAGGCGCCCUCUCAACAACAGCAGCAGCAGUCGCAGCGCAGCUCGCAGAACAAUUUUAAGCCAUCGUUACCACCAAGGAGACCUGAGGAUCAUUUGGAUGUGUUAGCAGCACAAUUAAAUGAAUUGGGCGUGGUCUCCUCCCAACAGCCGCAGCCACAGACAGCAGCAGCCGGCGGACAGCAGCAGCAACUGGCACAGCCGGAGGCGCCGCCGCGCAACAAUCGACAAUCGGGUGCAUCCUCGGGCAAUGGUGCGAUCUGUGUAUCGGCUUCCUCGUCGUCAUCCAAGCCGGCAGCGGCACUGCCACAACAACAGUCCAACAAUCAUCUGGGACAGGCCGUCAAUCCGCUGGAUCCGCUCGACAGCAGCGACUCGGACAGCGAACCGGAUGAGCCCAACGAUCGGGCACGCAACGAUGGCACACUUUUGGCCAGUGAUCCGCCCAAGCCGCUACCCGAAUUUUCAUACAGGCCUGGCUUGGGACCCGUCUCUGAGGACACAACAACAACGACCACACCGCUGACCCACGGCAGCGGUGGGCCACCAAAUCGACCCUUGCCACCGACGCCGGAUGACGAUGAUCAGGCCGGAGAUCGUACGCUGAUCAUGAAGCGCAAAUUAGAACAAAACGUAAAUCGCUUACAAAAAUCCGCUUCCACCUCGCAUGCGCCAAAGAGAGCCGAAGACGCGAAACUCUUACGCGACUGGGACUUUGAUAAGUUCUUUCCCAAGAGACCCAAUGGUGCUGGCGCUGGCAGCAGCAGCAGCGGCAGCAGUAGCAGCACCACAGCCAGCCUCAGUCGCAGCUCGCAUUUGAGCACACUGAAAGUGGAGGCGAAGCUGCAGCGAGCCAGUGUCGCGGAGGCCAUAGCACGUCCCGUGCCCAAAGGCUAUCAGCCGCUAAAAGGCGCCAGUUCCACGGCUGGGGUCAACAUUGCCAAAGAGCGCAGCAGCUCCACACAGCAGCAGCAGACGCAGCCACAGCAGCAGCACAAGCGACAGGAGUCUGACUCAAAGUUGCCCAGUUUUGUGCGUGGCUUUCGGCGCGAGAAUUCCGAUUUUUUCCCGUUAACAAAACGCCAUUCGGCUGUGCUCAGUGGCAGCGUCGCUGCCAACAAUGCCAGCGCUGCCUCUGCUCAGCUGCAGUCGCCACAACUUGUGCAGCAGCAGCGCGCGAGUGCCAUGUACCAAAGGAACAGCAUUUACAACAGCAGCAGCAGCAGUAAGGAGAACAGCACGCUGACAGCAGCUGGCGCCGCUGUUGCUGUUAAUAAGACCAAAGCAACGUCCACUGCCAGCAGCAACAAAGCAGCCGCAGCAACAGCAAAAACAACAGCAGCAGCAGCGCUCACAAAGUCCAACUGGGUCAAUUUUGAUUUUCUGCGUCCGCGUCGCGAAAAGACUGAGUCUGUCAUUGUGCUGCAGAAUGCAGCGGCGCGUGCGCAGCAACAUCAGCAGCAGCAGCAACAACAACAGCAAACGCUACAGCUACAGCCACAGCCACAGCAACAACAACAACAACAGCAGCUACAGCCGCAGCAGCAGAAUCGCGGGGUAGCUGGCAGCGGCGCUGGUGGGGACAACAGUGGCCUUGGCACACCCGGCACCCGGACCAGCAGCGUUCUGCCCGAUCUACUCAGCCAGGCAUCGCCGGCAACGCCGCCGCGCCACGAUAAAUCAUCCAGUGAGGAGUAUCAAGCGGCCAUUAGUUCAUCCGUGCAUUCCACGCCAUCGAAAUCGUUUAUCGCUAGCAGCAGCAGCGCCGCCGGAGGCGUCGCCGUCGGCGUUGGCGGCCACGGUCAUGGCGGCGGCAGCGUUGUCGGUGGUGUAAUUAUUAGCACAAAUAAUUCACCACAAUCAACCAUAUCGCUGGCCUCAUCGACAUCGAAUUCGCGCCAAAAUUCGCCAAAGAAUUCGAUUAGUAAAACGCGUUCUUCCAGCAGUAUUACUAAUUUAUUGCAUAAAUCUGCUUCUUCCUCCUCCGCGAACAUUCACCACCUGACGCCCUGCUCGUCAACAUCGAAUGCGUCCGCCAUCUCGUCACACUUGCCACCGCACGCUUAUGCGUUGCAACAGAAACAACGCAGUUUUCUCACCUUCGGCUUCGGUGCCGGCGGCUCGGGUCCGACCCGUCGGGAGUCGACCGUCAAUGUGAAUGUGACGCCCACAUCGCACGAGGUGGCCAACGAUACGCCCGAGAUACGUAAGUAUAAGAAACGCUUCAACUCGGAGAUUCUGUGCGCCGCGCUCUGGGGCGUCAAUUUACUGAUUGGCACCGAGAAUGGACUCAUGCUGCUCGAUCGUUCCGGUCAGGGCAAGGUCUAUCAGCUUAUCUCGCGUCGCCGUUUCCAACAGAUGGAGGUGCUAGAGGGCCAAAAUAUAUUGGUUACCAUAUCCGGUAAAAAGAAUCGGGUGCGCGUCUAUUAUUUGUCCUGGCUGAAGUCUAAGAUCUUGCGCACCGAUGGACUCUCCGAUCAAGUGGAGCGUCGCAAUGGUUGGAUAAAUGUGGGUGAUCUACAAGGUGCUGUACAUUUUAAGAUUGUCAAAUACGAGAGGAUUAAGUUCCUAGUGAUUGCAUUAAAAGACUCAAUUGAAAUUUAUGCAUGGGCGCCCAAACCAUAUCACAAAUUUAUGGCAUUUAAGAAUUUUGGUGAACUGGAACAUCGCCCCCUUUUGGUCGAUCUCACAAUUGAGGAUCAGUCGCGACUGAAAGUGAUUUACGGUUCCGCCGAGGGUUUCCAUGCAGUUGAUUUAGAUUCGGCUGAAGUAUACGAUAUAUAUCUUCCUAAGCAUACUCAGGGUGCAAUCAUUCCGCAUUGUAUUGUGGCGCUUCCAAAUUCAAACGGUAUGCAACUAUUGCUGUGCUAUGACAAUGAAGGCGUCUAUGUGAACACUGGCGGACGUGUAUCCAAGAACAUUGUGCUGCAGUGGGGCGAGAUGCCCACUUCGGUGGCCUACAUUGGCACUGGACAGAUUAUGGGCUGGGGCAAUAAAGCAAUAGAGAUACGUUCCGUUGAAAGCGGCCAUUUGGAUGGUGUGUUUAUGCACAAGAAGGCGCAGCGCUUGAAAUUCCUUUGCGAGCGCAAUGACAAAGUAUUCUUCAGCAGUGCCAAAGGUGCUUCCUCGUGUCAAAUCUACUUCAUGACGCUCAACAAGCCGGGCAUGGCCAAUUGGUAAUUGGUUAAAUGAAUAACUAACGAACCACACCCUUCCGUAAAGAACUUGGCAACUCUGAUCCAUCGAUGAUCCAACAUUCAAAACAACAAAAAACAUUUUCUUCUUAUUUUACAAGCUAUAAAACAGCUACAAAAAAUAUCUAAAGAGAACGUUUACAAACCCACUCUCGCACACACACACACACACACACCUUAGCUCGUAUAAGUAAAAAGUUCAUAAUUCUUAAGUGAGAUCGUUCUAUACACACACACACACACACACAGACACUCUCACACACACACUCGUAAACAUGUGCUUAUGAAAUUUAACCCAGGAGAACGUUUCAAUUAGUAAAUGUGCUAUGUAUAAAUGUUACUCAUCAAUUGGAGUGCACAAUUUUAAAACGGGCGUUAAAAUAAUGUAUUUAAAACGAAAAAGAAAUGCAAAAAGAUAAUGGAAAAGCUCACUCGACGAGGUUUUUUUUUUUUGCAUUAGAAGAACAGAAUUAGGAACGAGAUGAACGUCAUAUAAAAGUUGUUUAUUCGUAACCGAUACUUUUUGACGAGGAGACAGACAUAGACAGAUAUAUAUGUAUAAUGAAGAUUACAUAACUAAAUCGCAAUUAAUUUGUACUAUGCACACGUACACUCCACACACACACCCACACACAGCCACACCCACAGAACUUAUACACACAGCAAUUUCAUUUCAAAUGUCAUUUUUAAAAAUUGUGUGCAUUGUUGUUUUCUACUUAUUAUAAUUCGCCUACAAGUUAAACUUAAGUUAACAAGCAAAAGCAACGCAGCAAAAGCGAAAGAAAAUUAUCGAAUUGUGUGAGAGAUAAAAAUAUGCAAUUUGUUGAUUGAUCUUUGACACACAAAAGAUAUCGGUAACAAUCUAUUAGAUAUUGAUUUGUGCGUUUCGAGCUAGUGCUAAAGAGCAAAGCAACAUUUACAUUUAUAUCACCAAUAUAUAAAAUAAUGUCUCUGUAUGCUC